AUGGAUUCUAGUUACUCUGAUUCUCGUCCGAUAUUCGUUCAAUCGCCUUACGGUGGUUGGAAUCAAACCCAGAUGAUUGAUUCUUCGAUGGUUAGUAAUAAUCCGAUGAACAACAACGAACAAGUCGAUUUGCAUUCUCAAUCCGAAUCACAGUCUCAGCCUCCUCACCAGUUGUUACAGCCUUCGUUGAAAAGGGCAAGACUUGUUGAUGAUAAUAACAACUUGUUUAAUCCUGUUUCGUCUUUUCCUCCUACGAGUUCUUGGAUGGUUCCAUCUUUAAACCCUACUCCUCCUGUGAACAAAGGGACUGCUAAUAUCUUCUACAAGACGAGAAUGUGUGCGAAAUUCAGGGCUGGGACUUGUAGGAAUGGAGAGCUCUGCAAUUUUGCUCACGGAAUCGAGGAUUUAAGGCAGCCUCCGUCGAAUUGGCAGGAGAUUGCUGGACCUCCUAUUAUCUCGAGGAUGAAGCUUUGCAGGAAGUUUUGCUCCGGUGAGGAGUGUCCUUAUGGGGAGAGGUGCAAUUUCAUUCAUGAGGAACUGUCGAAGUUUCGUGAGGACUCAGGGAAACUGAGGGAGAGCUCGGCUAUAAGCGUUGGUACUACUGCUGUUGAUUCGCCGUCUGUUGAGAAUGGUAAUGUUUCUAAUCAGAUUGAAGUGAAUAGACAAGGAGGCAUCCCUGUACCUGGACCUAUGACCAAUGGUGGUGGUAUCAAGACUAUGUACUGGAAGACGAGGUUGUGCAUGAAGUUUGAGGCGGGUCAAUGUCCUUUUGGCGGUAAGUGUCACUUUGCUCAUGGCCUAGCAGAACUGCAUAACUCUAUUGGAAAGGUUGAAGGAGAAGCUGUGAACGCAGUAGCGCCUGUGAGUAAACAAACAGUGGUAACUGCAAAUGAAGCAUUUGCAAUGAAACCGAAUGCACAAGUAACAGCAGAUUCUUCUGGUCUUAACGAAGAAAGUCGAAGAAAGAAGUGUUUACUCAAAUGGAGCGAUUCCAAGAAAAUAAACAGAAUCUAUGGAGACUGGAUCGAUGAUUUACCGGUGGGUCAAAAGUCGACGAAACCAGUGGAGAGCUGA